UCCCUUCAGCGCAGUACAGUUGAGCAGCGGCUGGCCUGGCCGAGUCGAAGACUCCCGGAGGAACAACUUCGGUCUACAUAGGGACUGUCUCAUUUGCCGAAUUGUUCUGUUUAUGGGGUGGAUCAAGCUGAGGACCUUCCCCGUACAGUUGUAUCCCUCGGCGGGCGUUUCCCCCUGUUUCAUCCGUUUUGAAUGUCGGGUGAAGCUGAAUAAGGCAGCGGCCAUGGCCAGCGGACGGAGCGUGGAGUCUCUCAGCCUCAGCAGGAGCAGCUAGCUUCGUUUGAAGAGCACUAGCUCGCCGAGUUACCUCAGCGCACAUUGAACGGCAGAAGCUAACUUACCGAGAUAAGCUCUAAAAAGAGACUACACCAGGGUUUUCUCUAACAUUUUGCUGCCUGUCUUCUGCUAGGUCUCAUUUCACGAGGGCUAGCUAGCUUAGCUAAAUCUCUUCUGUUGCUUGGUGCUAGCAGCUAGCCGGCUAACACAGUCAGGACGGUUAUUGUUGGCGAAACCGGGAGGUUUUCUCAUUUAAUGCCUCUUCCUGUCAGCUCGACUCCGGUCUGUAUUCGCUGAAUUUAUGAUUCCAGCUAAGCGAGCUGUUUAAAGCAACCGUAGACGUCUUUUGAGGACACAGAUUCGUCGCGCUGACCGUAAAGACCGAGUUGGGGGAAAUUUAGCUGACCAGCGCAGAAUCGCGAGCCCAGCGCGGAGUUGACAGCGGGUUCUUUCUCCUCCGUGAUCAGAAAGAUCGCCCGUUAUCUAAGGAGUGAAAAGGGUCAGUCGUUUUGGACAGAAGACAAGCGGCUGGACGUGCUGUCGGUGGAGAAACCCAGGGGGAAAAGCGGAGAAAUGUCGGGCCGGCCAAGAACCACCUCCUUUGCGGAGAGCUGCAAACCCGUGCCGCAGCCCUCAGCCUUUGGCAACGUGAAAGUCAGCCGAGAUAAAGAUGGCAGUAAGGUGACAACAGUGGGGGCGACCCCAGGGCAGGGUCCAGACAGGCCUCAGGAGGUCAGCUACACGGACACGAAGGUCAUUGGAAAUGGCUCUUUUGGCGUGGUCUACCAAGCGAAGCUCUGCGACACUGGAGAGCUGGUGGCAAUCAAAAAAGUCCUGCAGGACAAGAGGUUUAAGAACCGUGAACUACAGAUCAUGAGGAAGCUGGACCACUGCAACAUUGUGCGUCUGCGCUACUUUUUCUAUUCCAGUGGAGAUAAGAAAGAUGAGGUGUACCUGAACUUGGUGCUGGACUACGUUCCAGAGACCGUCUACCGAGUUUCCAGGCAUUAUAGCCGAGCCAAGCAGAUCCUUCCCAUGCUCUAUGUGAAGCUGUACAUGUACCAGUUGUUCCGGAGCUUGGCAUACAUCCACUCAUUUGGGAUCUGCCAUCGAGACAUCAAGCCCCAAAACCUGCUGCUGGACCCUGAGACAGCUGUGCUUAAGCUCUGUGACUUUGGCAGUGCUAAGCAGCUGGUGCGUGGUGAACCCAACGUCUCCUACAUCUGCUCUCGUUAUUACCGAGCCCCUGAGCUCAUCUUUGGAGCCACAGACUACACCACCAGCAUAGACGUGUGGUCAGCUGGCUGUGUGCUAGCGGAGCUUCUGCUGGGCCAGCCCAUCUUCCCAGGGGACAGUGGGGUGGACCAGUUAGUCGAGAUCAUCAAGGUGUUGGGGACUCCCACACGCGAGCAGAUCCGUGAGAUGAACCCCAACUACACUGAGUUCAAGUUUCCUCAAAUUAAAGCCCACCCUUGGACUAAGGUGUUUCGGCCGAAGACCCCUCCGGAGGCGAUUGCUUUGUGUUCUCGACUGCUGGAAUACACACCUACAGCGCGACUUACUCCUCUGGAGGCCUGCGCCCACGCUUUCUUCGAUGAGCUCCGUAUACCGACCCUCAAACUCCCCAAUGGCCGAGAGAGACCUCCACUCUUCAACUUCACCACACAAGAGUUGUCUAGUAACCCAUCGCUGGCGACCAUACUCAUCCCUGCACACGCCCGUAACCAGGCUGGAGCCUCUCCUCCCUGUAACGCCUCUUCUACUGCAGAUGCUAGCAGUGGUGAACGUGGCCCAACCACCAAUGCUGCCUCUGCCUCCGCCCCCAACCCUUCGACUUGAACCCCACCCACCUCUCAACCGGCGAACCCCAUGAUGCUGCUCAUUAACUACGCCCACUCCCCUCAAGUCAGCGGCGUGGCUGCUAAAAAAGAAAGAACGAAAGAAAGGGAGAAAGAAAGAAAGAAAAAAAAAAAAAACAACUCAUGAUGAGACACGGACAAACCAACUGAACUUUGUAACUUCCUCUCCCCUCAACCUUCACCAUUGUUUAUUUUUAUUGUUGUUUUUUUAUUUAUUUAUACAAAAGGACAACAAGGAUAUCUUUAAAAGCCUCUCGUCAGUUCUCGACUCGGGGACAAGAGGAAUUGACUGUGGAGAAGUUUGAUGAUAAUAUAUAUGUCUGCUUAUAUAGAGAUACAGAUUAUAUAGAGCGACAAAUAUGCUUUUUGUGUGUCUCCUUUGAUUCUUAUUUUUUUAAAAGCGUAAUUGGUUCACAGUAGCCUUCAUUGCUGCCCUUCUAAUAAUUAUAGUGAAUCUCAAUUUCUUCACCUUAGCCCCUACCUUGUGACCCUUGCCCUUUGAUGCAGGACCCAAGACAACAAAGUAUGAGUCUCUGCCUGUGUGUGGUCCUGGGCAGAAAUGAUGUCGGUGGUCAGUACAGUAGAGCUGAACUGACGCAUUUUAGAGUAAAUGUGCUGAACUAGGAUCGUUUCCACAAGUUCAUUUGGAUCAUGAGGGCAAAAACUGAUCCCAGAUCAAAGAUGCUCUAUGCCUAUAUAUCAACAGUUCUAGCAGUUUUUCUUCAUAAUGGUUAAGGUUAUGAUCUGAGUUGGGUUUCUGAUCCCAGAUCAGUUUAUAAGGGCUAUUUCCACCUGCGACAACGUUAAAGUGGGCGGGAGAUUUCUAAGGCUUUGUGAACUGUAUAUUGGUUUCCUGUGAAACACCUUGUCCAUGACGUUGCCUUUUCACUUCUGUGUUGGGUUGAUAUGUUGUAGUCUUUGCUUCAACGAUAUGCUGCUUUAUUCAUUCUUUAUUCUUUGUUUUUUUUUUUUUGUUUUUUUUAACGUGUUUGAAGGAGUAUACCUCUGUAUUCACCUUUCCCUCCUCCACAUGCUAGUCUUCCCUUCGUUUACUGUGUACAGUCACUCUGAAAUGCUUCACUGAACUGUACCUAUGUGCUGACUGUGCAUACACCAAAUCCUGGUUCAUUUUGUAUUUGUGUGUAUGUGCGUGCAUGGGCACGCAUGCUGUAUGUCUACUGUAUUCAAAACACGCUGACCCCUCAAGGUGUCUGUCAGGAGGGAAAAAAAUGACGAUGAACAAAGUGUAAAAGCGAAGAUCAGGGCUGAACCUAAUCAACUUAAUCUCAAGCUGUACAUAAGUUUCCUCCCCAGCCAUAGAAUCCAAAUAGGCCAACAGAGCCAUGCAGUUUAUGUAAUAGUUUCGGAGUGCCUUCGCUUCCACGGAUUCUGUCUGUUCUGGUGUUUGUAGAACUCCACGUUUCCCACUGAUCUUUGACCUGUUUUAUGUUCUCCAUUAAGAGACUCAUAAAGGCUGAAGGUGCAGGAGGGAUAUUCCUUUUAACAUAGCAUUAAGAGAUCAUGCCACUGCUGAGUGUUGAGCAGAUGGUGAUGCUGAAAGAAGCCAGUUUUCUCUCAGCGCCGAAUAGACAGCGUCAACCAGAUUUGUCAAUUUGCUGCUGGUUUGAGACUGGUUAUAUGCGCUCUUCUUGGAUUGAGGUUGAGUUUGCUUGGAUCUGGUUGAGCUGGUCCUGGUCAGCGAGAACGGGUGACUCUCACAGCUUAUGGACCUCCCUGGAGUGCUGUUGAAAGGCUGCUGCUCUUCUUCUGUUGUAUCCACUUCAGCCACUGCUAGCUGUUAGUACACAGCUUUAGUCCUGGCCUUGCUCCCUGUGCCAUGUUUGUGUUUUUGGGCCUGUGUAAGGGGUGUUGUGGGGUGCUGUGUCUGGAUUUUUAUUUUUUUUAAUAGCUGUCUGGAUUUGUUUAGGACAAAGGAUUUGCAGCUUAACUCUGCAUCUGACUGAGCCCAGAAUUAGCUGGAAUCUUAAUAUACACCUUUUGGUCUAUUCCCAGUCCGGCUCUGGUCCUGGAGGACUUCAGUCCAGCGUAGAUUUUUUUUAUUUGCCUGCUCAAAGCCUUAGGGUGACCAGAAGCUCAGUGAUAGGAGAGGUAAGCCAGCAACUGGAAAGUAGGUUGAAAACCAAGGACUGACUUGAUAUACUUGGUUGUGCCCUUGGUUGGACAUCAAAAUGACCAGAAAAAGGAUAAUAACAGACAAACGUGAAGCUUGUUUGCAGUUUUGAUGUGUUUGAGCAGGAAAAUCUCCAAACUGGGCUGGACCAAGGCCCACCAAGACCAGAGCUGGACACUCCUGGUCUAUUGUAUUUAUCAGGAUUUGAAAGGGCAAAUCCUGAACAUGGACUAAUGUAUGUGAUUAAUACGUUAAAACCCUGGCCUUAAAGAGCAAACAGCAUUGUUUGUUAAAAUACAUGGCCUGUUGUUGGUGCAGGCUGCCUUGAAUGAGAAGUCUUCUAACAGCUUAUUAAGUCAAAUCUAGUAUCAGAUCUUGAUCUCUCCACCCUCGCCACUCACAAUACGUUGAUGUUUGGACUAAUCCACUAGCUGCUUUAUAACCCCAGAGCUGGCUAAACUAUGAACAGAAGGAAGCAGAGCUGUGUGUUAUGUUUUUAACUCUUAUGUUAUCAUCCCCUUUUCCCCUCGCUGUAGUUUUACCUAUAUUGAGAGACUUAAUGGUGUUUGACAUUUUGAGUCUGUUAGCCUCAUCCUUUUAGCCAUAAUUGAAAAUGUCUCUUGUUUUAAGGGUGUACUUAUUUAGGGAGUUUUAAAGUAGCUGUUAUUGCAGUUAUUUUUUUGUUUGUUAUUAUUAUUUUUUUUAUCCUCCAAAUGUUAAGAAAGGGAUAUAAAAUGAUGUCAUGCUCUGCAGUAUUACCUGAUCAACUAUGGCAAUAAGUAUUACUUAAGUGGAUGAUUAUUUUUUUCUUUAUGUCUACAAAGCUGUAACAUACGCUUUCAGCAGCACUCAAAGGGAGAGAUGUCAUGUAGCACUAAGUACAUAAUUAAAAGAAUAAUAAUAAUAACAUGUAAGCGUAUGUAAAUGCUUUCUGCCUGUAAAAUCUACAGCCAUAAAGAUGUCGCUUCCUAAACGACUGCAAAACGGAGAUCACAUUUGUAGUGAUGUUUCAGCGAAGAUCAUAACCCGUCAGUCACGCAGGUUGAAUGAAAAAUGCUUUUAAAAAGGAAAAAAAUAUAUAAACAAAGGAAAAAAAAAUGGUUGCUGAGUAUUCGGACGUAAACUUGUGUAUAGCUGUUGGCAGUCAUAAGAGACUUUAUAACUACAGACAAAAUGACUAUGACAUGCUAUUACUUGAAUGCCUGUUGACUUUUUUUUAUAUACAUAUAUCUAUAUACAUAUAUAUAAAUAUCUAUAUAAUAUAAUUUCAUCCAAACAGAUCUGUUUGUUUUCCCUCCUGUGAUGGUUAUGCUAAAUGUCUCUCCCUGUAAAUACCGUUCUGUUCUUCUGUGUAAAAUGGUUCAGAGAAGUAGUUACCCGGUACUGUAAUUUGCAUUGAAUAAAGUGUAGGUUAGCCUGACACA